AUGGAUCCGAUUCAAGAAGCGAUCAAAUUUAUCGAAUCGCACAAGCUAGGAGAUAAAUUCUCGUACACAAAAGUUGCUGCCCAGUUCGAUAUUGAGCGCAGUACGCUCGCUCGAAGGCACCAGGGUGUGCACGAGCAGCGCGGAGUCUCCCAACGAUCCCUACACCCAGAACGCGAAGCCGAGCUUGUACGAUAUAUUGAAACGCUUACUGGACGCCGUUUGCCGCCUACAAAAGUAAUGAUACAGCAGUUUGCUAGCCAGUUGGCUGGCAAACUAGUCUCUGAUACCUGGGUUAAGCGGUUUCUCCGCCGUCAUCCUAACUAUCUUAUCUCUUAA